AUGGCUAAGUCUAAGAACCAUACCGCUCACAACCAAACCAGAAAGGCUCACAGAAACGGUAUCAAGAAGCCAAAGACCUACAAGUACCCUUCUUUGAAAGGUGUUGAUCCAAAGUUUAGAAGAAACCACAAGCAUGCUCUACACGGUACUGCUAAGGCUUUGGCUGCUGCCAAGAAAUAA